AUGCAGCUGGAUUUCGGACGAGUAUCCAAUAAGACAUUGGGGUUUGAAAAAGUCAUUGCCAUCGGCCUUCCAGAGCGUACAGAUAAACGGGAUGCCUUGGAACUGAUGGCGUCGCUAACCGGCUUCGACAUCGAAUGGGUGGAUGGUGUAAAGCCCUCAAGUAUCCCGAAUAAAGCUGUGCCGUAUGGCAUCGAUCCAGCGGCAGUUCGAGACAACUUCCUCGGCAGCUGGAGGGGCCACAUGAACGCUAUCCGGCAAGUGGUCGAGCAGGAGAUUGGAUCAGCGCUCAUCAUCGAGGACGACAUGGACUGGGACAUCCAUCUCAAAUCCCAGCUCCAUGAUAUCGCACAUGGCACCCGCCACAUACUGCGCGAGGCUUCGACGCUCCCUCACUCGCCCUAUGGAGACGGCUGGGACGUCUUGUGGCUGGGCCACUGCGGUGAGCCAUUCCCGGAGACGCUCGAAGAGAAUGCCGGGCUGCCGCCGGAUGACAGGGCACAGAUGUCAACCAAGUAUAUCAUCCACGACGAUGAGACCGUGCCGCCUUACAGCCAAGUAUCCAAGCUCGUGGACUGGUCCCAGUACCCGGCGCGUACGAGGAUCGUCCACAUGUCUGCGGCACCCAUCUGCACUUUCGCGUAUGCCGUUUCCCAGAGCGGAGCGAGGAAGAUCCUCUACGGACUCAGCGUGGAUGGCCUGCACAUGGCCUUUGAUAAUUCCCUAGCACAGCUCUGCCGAGACGCCGUGUAUGGACUGGGGAGGAACCAAAGCAGCGGCCUCGACGUCAAGUGCAUCAGCGUCAACCCCACCAUCAUGUUCCAUCACAAAGCAAAGGGACUGGUGGCUGCCGGUAGCGAUAUCCAGGAUGUUGGUGGCGAUGGCAGUGUCCGUGAAAAGGGCGUGACUGAGUCUAUUCAAUGGAGCACGAGACUGAAUCUGCGCAACAUACUGACUGGCAAAGGGCUGGAACCGCAGUUCCAGCAAUCUGAAUAUUAUUACGCGCCAAGUACAAAAGCAAGGUAG